AUUGUGUUAAACCCACCUCUGCCCGAGGCUGUAACCGCAGGCAAAAGAAGGGAUGUCUCGAGUCCUCGUUCCGACACAUAGAGGUGGAGGUCUGUUUCUCUGGUGGAGGUCCUGGUAGAGGUCCAGGGAGAUGCCCCAGAUGUCAUUCCGUGUGAAAAGAAUAGCGAAAAAUGUCUACCCCAAACAAGACACCGCCCGGUGCCGACCCCAAGCAAUUGGAAAGGACGGGGACAGUCCGAGAAAUAGGAUCCCAAGCCGUCUGGUCACUGUCAUCCUGUAAACCAGGAUUUGGAGUGGAUCAGUUACGAGAUGAUAAUCUAGAAACUUACUGGCAGUCUGAUGGGUCACAGCCUCAUCUGGUGAACAUCCAAUUCAGAAGAAAAACCACAGUGAAGACAUUAUGUAUUUAUGCAGACUACAAAUCAGAUGAAAGCUACACUCCAAGCAAGAUAUCUGUCAGAGUAGGAAAUAACUUUCACAACCUUCAAGAAAUCCGACAACUUGAAUUAGUGGAACCAAGUGGGUGGAUUCAUGUUCCUCUAACUGAUGCUCAUAAGAAGCCAAUUCGCACAUUUAUGAUACAGAUUGCCGUUUUAGCUAAUCAUCAAAAUGGAAGAGACACUCAUAUGAGACAAAUUAAAGUAUAUACUCCUGUGGAAGAGAGCUCUAUUGGUAAAUUUCCUAGAUGCACAACGAUUGAUUUCAUGAUGUAUCGUUCAAUAAGGUGAAUUUUUUUGGAAAUAGGAAGUCGUCAAAGAAAAAGGCCCCGUUUUCUUUAACUGUCAGUUUCAGUUUUCUUAAAAUCAUGUUUGUAAUUUUACGUGUACAUUUUUUUGGUUUUGUAAUUUUAAUAAAUAAUAUGACAAAACAA